AUGGCGUCGCCUUCUUCUGCAGAUGAUCUGUUUGACAAUCUGCUCAAAACAGAUGCGAAGCGAUUAGAAGAGGAGGAAAGAAUAGCAAGAGAAAAAGAGCGAGAUCAUGCUGCAAAAGCGCAGCAGAGGCUGAAAGAAUUGAUUGUUGACAACUCGACAUUGCCAGUGACCAUCUCCUCUAUUCGGCUUAUUGGCGCGGAGAAGACCAGAAGGUCAUUUCUUGACACGCUUUUCAAUCCCAUAUUGAGCGCAAAUCGCAAUCGUCCGUAUACACUGUCGGAGGCAUUGCAAGAAGUUGGCUCUGCAACAGAUAAACUGCGGCGAUUUGAUAUUUUCCAUGAUGGUGUUUCCAUGUUUGUCGACAAACCUUCCCCUACCGACCCUUCCUCCACUCCCACCGAUAUCGAUAUAUACAUCAAGGCAACCGAACGUGGCCGAAUAGCAUUAAAAACGGGGACUGAUCUUGGGAAUACUGAGGGAUCAGCAUAUGGAAACCUACUGUGGAGGAACAUUUUUGGAGGUGCGGAGUCUUUCAACUUUAAUGCCUCUGCUGGGACACGCACUCGCUCCGCCUAUCAUGGAGUCUUUGAUAUGCCCAUUUCCAGCGAUCCGGACAAACGACUUCAAGUGGACGCCGUUUCUAGUGCCACACUCAAGCCAUGGGCCAAUCAUGAGGAGGUCCUGAAGGGAGCUGGUGCGAAGUACGGAUGGGCGACCAACAGCGGGACGAAACACUCAGUUGGCUAUACACAGACAUGGAGACAAAUCACAAGUCUAGGGCCGAAUGCCUCAGCUACCGUCCGCGCGGAAGCUGGUGAUAGUGUCAAAAGUGCUAUAUCACAUACCUGGAUAGCAGACCGUAGGAAUCACCCUUUCAUUCCAACGGAUGGCUAUCUUAUGAAGACAGUCUCAGAGAUAGCCGGAUGGGGGCCUUUGAGAGGCGAUGUCGCAUUCUGGAAGUCGGAAAUGGAGAGCUCCAAGUCCUUUGCAAUCCCAAUACCUGGCAUUGAGGGAGAUAGCGGGGUCAGCUUCACUACCGGGUUUCGAGCUGGAAUGCUCUAUCCUCUACCUGUCGGCUUUGGAUCGACCUCUCAGCCAUCACGUAUUAAUGACCGUUUUCAACUUGGGGGCCCAACCGACGUGAGGGGGUUCAAGCUGGGAGGUCUCGGUCCAAGAGACGGGCCUGACGCAGUGGGCGGAGAUGUUUUCGCUGCUGGAUCUGCAAACCUGCUAUUCCCAGUUCCACGAGUUGGGAAGGAUACACCCUUGCGCUUUCAAGUGUUCGGUAAUGCUGGCAGACUGCUGGCAUUGAAAGACAAAGGAGGAAAUGUUCAAAAAAGCGUGUACAGCACAGUGGCACAACUGGCUGACGGUGCCCCAAGUCUCUCAGCAGGUGUUGGUCUUGUUUAUGCGCAUCCUGUAGCGCGUUUCGAACUCAACUUCAGCUUACCUGUGGUUGUGAGGACUGGCGAAGAGGCUAGGAAGGGAUUCCAAUUUGGUGUGGGAAUCAACUUUUUGGGGUGA